UAAACAGGGAGCAUUUGAUAAAAAAGAAGCACCGAAAAAAAAAAGAGAUUAUAGAUUACAAUGCUCGAGGUCACAUUGUUCAAUUCUUUUCGAACUUUCAAUCCGUAAUAGAAGUGCUCGUUUCUCCUCUCUUCAAUUCUAGAAGCAAGCAAUAAAAUUAUUUGUUUUUAUAAUUUUUAAUUUUUAAAAAUAAUGCCCGAUAAGCAAUAUAUAAGAUAUUCUGGAAAAUAUAUAUCGUUUUAUUUCGCCUUUUUAAAAUUAAAUGAUGAAAAUUAAAAACGAGCUGAAGUCAGUUUUUCAACUGUUGGGCUUGUUGUGUCUUUUGUUUUGGAGUUUUACUUGGAAUAUACCAAAAGACUUCGACUUGUCAAAGCCCAAAAGGUCAUUGAAAUCUGCUCCUGGACAAUGUUUAAAAGAUAUUUCUGAUGAAAAAGAAGCAAAUAAACAUUCUGCAUUUCCGGAACAAUUUAAAUCCGGCAAACACUUUGGAAUAAAUGGAGGAUAUCUACUACCGCCCUUCAAUGUAUGGAAAGAAAUAGAACUACGUAAACAAGAAGUAAAGAAUGUUCGAGAUCGAAUUUCAGUACCCAAAGUUCCGAGAAGAAAACUCAACUAUGCUUCAGCGAAAUGCGGUGCUAAAAUUUUGACAUCAAACAGAGAAUCUAAGCAUCGAAUGUCCAUUCUGAAUGAAAAAGUCGAUGAAUAUAUGCUGAACCCUUGUGGAAUAAAAGUGUGGUUCAUUGUGGAAUUGUGUGAUACGAUUGAAGUAUCGCAGAUUGAAUUAGCAAAUUAUGAGCUCUACUCUUCAAUGCCCAAAGACUUUUCUGUUUUCUGGAGUAACGUGUAUCCGACGCAAACGUGGCAUCAUCUCGGAACAUUUCAAGCGAAAAAUCAAAGAACGAUGCAGACUUUUAACAUUGAUUUCCAAAAUCUUGGAAAAUUCAUCAAGGUUGUCAUCUCUAGUCAUCAUGGCCGGGAGCAUUUCUGCCCUUUGAGCGUCUUCAGAGUUGUCGGAUAUUCCAUGGUUUACGAAUACGAAGUGAUUCAAGAAGAAAAGGAACAGAAGAAGAGUAAAAAUGAUUCUAAAAUGAAUGGAGCAGAGCCUGUUGUGUCAGAAGAACCUUUCAAUUCUUCAAAAAUAUAUUCAAGCAUCAAACAAAUAACAUUACACACAAAGCCGGAUUCAAAUCCAAAAGGUGGUUCAUUUCCGGUAAAGUUGUGCCGUAUGAUGCAAGAACACUGUUCCACUUCUCGAUCUAUAAAUGCAAGCUGGUAUCAACCUACGUGUUUAUUUUUAGAGACAGUAAUUUUCAAAGGUGAAUCUCCGUGUGCCAUUUGUAUCAGGGAACUACCCACUAAAAAUUUCAUUACAGCUAGUGAUUCCAAAGUAGAAUCAAGAAACCUCUAUACAAAUGGAAGAUCUGAAUCGUACAAUAAAGAUAACGAAGUAGAUAAAUCUAUUCAUGUGGCAAAUAAGUCAAAGAUAUUGAACAGAAAGACACAGAAUUCAAAUGGCUCUACCUCAUCUUCCAGAAAGAUUGAUGAAAAACUCAUCAACUUUUCAAUUAAAGAAUUGAGCCGAUCAAUAGAUAAGCAUUAUCCUUCACAAAUCAAUGCAGUCAAUAGUGCCGUUGAUAGUUCAUUUCACAAAAAUGGUAGCGUUUCUCAGACUGGACGUAAAGUAUUCGAAAAUAUUCAGCAAACAAAAGAAAAAAUAUCGUUUUCUGAGAGUCAAUGUGAUUGCUCAAAAGUUUCAAGUACAGAUGAGAAAACACUUCCAAAACAAAACUCUACUUUUGAAGACUCACUUUUCGAGGCAGACGUGGCAGAUAGCGCCGCGUUGAUUCAGAAAGAAUCAGUUCUGGUAAAAAUGAACCUGCGUAUAAAAACGUUGGAAUCAAAUCUGAGUCUGAUCAAUAGAUAUUUGCAGCAAUUAAGUGAAUCGUACAGGAUGCAAGUGGAAGAUAUGUUAACUAUGUUUGAUGGAACAAUAAAAGCUAUAACCAUGACUUCUGCCAAAGCUGCAAUAGUGGAUAAACAACAACAACUCGUCAUCGAUCAACUCGAUCGUAAAGUAAAUAUUUUAAGCAUGAAAAUUCAACAUUUAGGGAAUGGACAAAGCGAUAUUUUGAAACAGGUUUUGGAACUUCAUGGAUUUUUCGUUAUUUUAGAAAUCAUUAUAAUGUCAACAAUUUUCAGUGUUUUCUUUAACAAAUUUAAACGUGAUGGUCUUGCAUAAAUUGGAUCCUCUAUUAAAUAAAUGAGUUCUAAAAAAAUCUGAUUUUAUUAUUUGAAUAAACUAAUGAAAUCGGUUGAAAUUUACUUUAAUAUGACCCUCCACAUUGCUAAAGACACAAAGAACAAAAGUUAAAAAUUCAAGAUGGCUGACAAAAUA